GAUGAUGUCAUUAGUUCCUCUUGCAAGCUUCCUUGCUUUCCACAUACUAUAACCUCGAGUUGGAAUUUGUACUGUACGAUAGCAUGGAAACAUAUGUUCAAGAUAUAACACACUAGAGAAAUUUCCAGAAACUUCAAACAAAUUUGAACCAACACAUUUGCUCCACAACUAGACAUGAGAAGAUUGUUUUUUUUGCUCACUAUAACUGUGAGAGCUGCUGCUGGGUAUAGAUUUGGAUAUGAAGGAUCUGGAUAUUCUUAUGCUGGAAGCCAUGAUGUUGAUUAUAGAGUUCAAUAUACCGAAAGCAGUUAUCACUUGAAUUAUAAAGAACCAAGAUGGUGUUAUCCAUUGAGCAUAGAAAAUGGGGUUGCAGAAUGUUAUUCACCAAGAGGUCCAAACUAUAGGAGUACACUUGGAACUCGAUGCCAUAUAUCUUGUGAUAGAGGAUUCAGGCUCUUAGGACGAAGACAGGUUGAAUGUCGAAUGACCAGGCGCUGGUCAGGAAUCAGCAGAUGCAGAGAGGUGCGUUGUUAUCCACUUCCAGUAUUUCCAUAUGGAUCUUUCGUAUGUUCUAAGGGGAUACGUAUGGAUUCCCGGUGUGAGUACAUAUGUGAACAAGGAUACCAGCUGGAAGGAGACAGGACAAGAGUGUGCCUGCACAAUGGCCAGUGGAGUGGGACUGAACCUUUAUGUGUAGAUUACGAACCCCCAAGGAUAAAGUGCCCAGGGUCCCGCGAGAAGGUGGCAGAACCAGGGCAGCUAACAACUCGAGUAUAUUGGGACCCUCCACGGAUAAAGGAUGUGGUUGAUAAACACAGUACAAAAAUAAUUCUCAAAGGACCACCCUCAGGGUCUGAGUUUGGAAAGGGUGAGCACAUUAUUCGUUACGUGGCCUAUGACAGAGAAAGAAACAAAGCCACUUGUAAAUUCACUGUGACAGUUUAUGUUAGAAGGUGCCCUCCUCUGAGGCCCCCUGCCAAUAGUUACAUCACUUGUACAUCUGGUGGCAAUAAUUAUGGGGCAACCUGCACUUACACAUGUGAAGGAGGCUACGAACGUCAGGGUAUCUUCAAACGAGUGUGUCUCUUUAAUCGAAGUUGGUCAGGAACGCCACCAUCUUGUGUACGAAUUAAGAUUAAUGUUGAUGUGAAUUCAGUGGCUGCUCUCUUGGAUCAGUUUUAUGAAACGCAGCGUCUUCUCAUCAUUUCUUCUCCGAGUGCAUCUGAUAUGCACUACAGAAUGCAGAUAAACUUACUGCAGGAAGCUUCCUGUGGACUUGAACUGAGGCAAGUGACAGUAAUAGAAUUGAUUGGAAAUUCUCCGAAAGUAGUAGGACGUAUAAAGGAGCAGCCGCUUUCUUUAGAAAUUGCUGAUGAACUUAGACAAGUCUAUUAUUUAUCCAAUAGGCAUUUUGAUGUUGUCCUGGUUGACAAAUAUGGCACAGACAGGGAACGUUAUAUUCAACCUGUUACACCUAGUGAGAUGUUUUCAUUCAUAGACGAGUACCUACUGCAGGCGGAGGAAAGGGCUGCUCAACGGCAAAAGGAAGAUUUCUGCACCUAAAGCUCAGACUUGUCAGCUUACCUUCCAAUUUGCCUCAAACUGGAGGUUUAUCCUUUCCUUAACUUCCAAUGUAUCCAUUUUUGUCAUGAUCUUUUGAAAUUACACAUUUUUCCACAACAAUAAAACCAGAAAAACUGAUAUUGAGUAAAAGCAGUUAACUGUAUGAAGCUAGUUGCAUGAACAUGUGUCCAAGGAUGCUUCCUAAAUGUGGGAAGUGGAGAAGACAAGUUAGUUCAUCAAACUAGCUCUAUCUGAUGGACUGUGCAUAAUUUACCCAAGAUCCUUUCUAAUUUAAUUUCCUGAGAUCUAUGAAUAAUUGUAAGGAAAAUCUUAGAGAAAACACUAACAUUUCUGUGAGAUGGCUUCAUUAUAGCAGCUGUCAAGGACAAAGAUCAGGAUAUCAAUUUAAUAUUGUAAUUUAGGCUAUUCAUCAUACAAGUGCAUUCCAGAAGUGAUAUUGUCCAGCUCCCAAGAGGUAUGACCAAAGUGUUUCUCACAGUUUUUGAGGUCUUUACCUUUAUCUUUGUAACUCGAAUCAUGAUUCAUAACAUUCUGUUCUUUUCAAAGAUUAGCUUGCUGAUUCCUCAGUAAUUUUGGGAUCAGUAAUGCUUCAUUUCUGAGCUUUCAGUGCAGGAAUUGUUGGAGUUUCGUACAACACAAAUACAUUUUAUGGAUGAGAAAGGAUUGUUAAACCUAACCAGCUUAUCUCCAUUGAUAGAUUUCAAUUCCACAAGAAGCUUUAUGCUAUGUAUGUUCAAUUAAAAUUUAUACUAUGUAUGUUCAAUUUAAAGUUGAUCUCGUUUAAAUGUAAUUGUACUCUAUUAAGUACAGGAAUAUAUAUUACAGGCUGCAAGAACAGGCAUUAAUGUGCACAUUACUUUGAUUCUUUAUGUUCAAAAAGAAGUACUUAUACAAUUGAAUGGAGUAAUGUCGUUAAGCAGUGGGACACUGUUUUUGAAUGUUGACUACACAAUGAACUGACCCAUUAAUAUAUCAUCUCAAAUCAGGUUAUCCUAGAUUACUGACAUCCUGGGAAUUGUGAUUUUUCUAUUUACAGUUGUCAUGGCUGGAGGUAUAGGUUCUAUGACAAGGGGAAGACUCAAUGGUUCAUUGUAAGUUUUUGAUGGACAUCUCUUCAACUGGAAGAGUAUUGGUAUGACUUUAUCUCAGCCUGUCAGCAUUUAACCUUUUCAGUGCGUCAGGCCAGCAAAGAACACAAUAUAAGAUAGUAUUUUUGUUUUCCACAAUAAGUGAAAAACUGCUUUCAAUUUUAAUUUACAAGGAAAUUUAAUUACAAGGAAAAGGAGGUCCUUAUUUUUCUUAUAUUAUGAUAAAGGUAGCAAGUUUGUA